AUGGAGGCGGUUUCGACGGAGGUGGGAUAUCCACCGCCCCCAGGGGAAGAUCGGUGGGAGGAGCUGUGCUCGAUGGAGGCGGCGCUAGAAGCUGAGGUUUCGGAGCUUCGACUCACAGUCGCGAGCCCAACGUCGAUGACCGUGGAUGGUGGACGUUCAGCCGAGGCGGAGCACGAGAGGGACGAGAAUGCGUCACCGUCGCGCGCGGUGCGUUCGGACGCGUACUGGGGUUCACGCGGCCCUCGACCCGUCGUCAGGCGAGCCGACGUCGCGGGUGUCGCUCCGGUUCGCGAAGAGGGAGACUACGAGAAGCGAUACGACGAGUUGCAACGCUUCUCACCCAAGCCGGCGGUUUCGCGCCCGGCGAGGCGAGGCGGCAGAGACGCGGGCGCGCCCGUCGCUCAAGCGACCGGCGAUGCAUCUCCGAUCGUCGAGAGACCGAAAUGGGGCGGCAAGUACGAUGACGACGGCCUGCGCGUGUCUCGUUACGACUUUGCGUACAUCGUGCCCAAAUCGAACAAGUCUCAUCAGAGGGCGAGUCCAAGCCGAGGCGGCGCUCGAACGAAGGAGCUCAGCACGCCACCCCCGCGGACUAGCGUGCUGAGCCCCGCGAAUGAGAUGGCAAAAUCGUGGGAGAGAAACCUCCGGAAGGGGGGGGGCGCGACGCCGACGAGGGCUCCGGCGGUCCAACGCAUGUCGCCGCGGGGAUGGAGCCGCGAAAACAAGUCAAACGACGCGCACAGAGAGGGCGACGCGAACGUCGUCGCCGAGGUUGAGGCCCGAGUGCAGGAGAAGCUGCGGCAGCUCGAGGAGCGGCUGCUUCGUUCGGUGGGUAAGAUGCGGAAACCAAAAAAGGAGCGGACGCCGUCGUCCAAGCCCCGAAUGAAGCGGAAGUCGGACGUCUCUUCAGACUCUGACGCCGGUCCCGCGGCGGCGGUUCCAGCGGCGGUUCCAGCGGCGGACGCCGCCGACUGGACGGUCGCGGUCGAGUUCACCGAACCGCUUUCAGCGACAGACCGCGUCGCGGAGAGGUCACGACUCAUCGAGCAGGGUUCGUCGAGCGGUCCGCUGAAAGAUCGCCCGCUGCGUGCGGUCAAGAACAGCAUCGACGAGUACCUCGAGCGGCGCAGGAAGCGACGCGAGGAGGAGAGAGAGGCGGAGAGAGAGAAGGAGCGGCGCGCCCUCGAAGCCGCGGCGGGCAUGCGGUCCGAAAGUAUCGAUGGGUUCGAGCCCGUGUACUCGCCCGUGGUUGCGAGACGAGCUUCGGCACGCGUGAACGUGUCCAAGAUGCGCGAUUUGGACGGAGGGGACGAGAUGACGGAAUCGGAAGGCGGGCACCGAGCCUCGUCCGCUUCGCCAUCGUCGACCUUUGAGACGUCUUCGUCCUCGUCGCCGUCGACGACGAACAUUUUCGACGAUGACGAUUUCUAUCAAGCGGCCUCUGCGGCGACAGAAGUUGUGCAUCGUCGGAAGCUGCUCGCGGCGGUGCUGGAGGAAUGGUCCUUCUUGGUUCGAUGGGGAAGGGCGCGCGCAGAGGCGCACCGACAUCGUCACCUGAAGUGGGCGUCGAUUAAGGUGUUGCGAGCGCUCACGGCGGAUGCCAGAGUCUCGUCCAGAGUUUCCGAACGAUUUCAUAGGAGUGCACGGCGCAGGAAAAUAUGCGCGGCGCUUCGGGGCUGGCUCUUCAUCGCCAAGGACGCGAAGGUGCGUGCAGCCAGGGAAAGGAGGCGGCGGGCUGCACUCGGCGAGUGGCCCUCGGAAUCGGGAUCUGAUGGUGAUUCGGACGAUUCUGAACCAACAGAGGUGCUGACCGAAGAUGACAUGGAGGCUCUCCGACGCGAGGCUUGGAUGCCAUUACACGACGAGCUCAAAGUCCUUGAUGCAGAGGAGAAUAAGCUCAUCAUGGAAGAGAGGGAAGCGUCCAGCAGCGAGGGCGGCUUCAGUCCGGAGAAUAAGGCUGAGUUUGAAAAGUCGUACGACGAUGCACUCAAAGCUGUGGACAUCGCGGUUCGAGGGUUAAUCGGACUGUGGCAGCUCGCGACGCCGGAGAAGCCCACGCCUUUGGGAACUCGACCUAGGGCGACGCCCGUGGUUGAGUCGCAUGCGCCGAUGACAGAUCCGCGAAGAAUUCUCAAGUUUGACCCACUGCGCGUUGGCGACUGGCUCACAAACCAGACGGAGCCCGAGGUUAGCUCGGAGGAGGAGGAGGAGGAGAAGGAGCAAGAGGAGCAAGAAGGCGACGUCGAGCAAGAGGAGGAGCAAGAGGGGGAGCGCGCGGAUUUUAUCACGCCGCUCGGAAGUGCCCCGCCGUCGGGCGUUCGUCCCUACCGCGUCCUCACCAACGAACAGGGCGAAGCAUUCGUGCUCACCAGCAGCCCCGACGCCGGGGGGAGCCAGCACGAGUACGUCUCCUUGACGGACUGGAUCGAAUUCGCGAGUAAGAGCAUAUAG